UGUUGUUUUGUUGCUUGUUCUUUUCCAUUCUAUUGUGUUCUGUGCUGUUCUACUGAGCACUGGGGGCAUGUUACUGUAUGCUGGAGCCAGAAUGUGUAAUGACACUUGCAGGCUUCCCACAGCACAUCCCUGGGUGUAUUGUUGUUAAUGCAAAUGACACAUUUCACUGUUUUAAUGUAAACAUGGUAAAUGAAACUGAAUCUGAACAACUAUUGCAAAUCACUAUGAUUAAGGUUUAAAAUUUAAGUCACGAGAAAUGUUACUUUGAAUCUUUAAUCCUCAGCAUGAAAUAAUUUGUGAGCUCCUGCUCUGAAAAACUUUGAUAGAAAUUUCUAAGCUUUGAAAUCCUAUGGGAAUAUUAAUCAAGGCCUGUGUGGAUGAGUGUGUACCUUCGAUAACAUAUCUAGAACAAAAGCCAUGGAUGAACCAAGAGAUUUGUAGUCUGCUGAGAGUAUGAUCUGUGGAAGUCAAGACUGGUGAUCCAGAGUUAUACAAGAAGUCCAGUGUCUGGUGACCCUGAGAUUUCUGUCUCAGAAGCUGACACCUGAACAUCUUUCAUGAGGAAGAACCCUUGCAAGGCAUCAAGCCCAGAUGGUGUGCCUGGUAGGGAUCUGAAACCUGUGUCAACCAACUGGCAAGAGUGUUCAAGGACAUCUCCAAUCAGAGGGAUCCUUAGUUAAUACACCUCAUUUCUCAGCGCGCUGCUUCCUGGGAGAUAUUGCAAGUCUGUAGUGAUUUGCGACCAAAACCAAAUCCCAGCCUGGUGGUCCCGGUCCGGCUCAAGUUUCGCCCGGGAUCUUCGGUUCCAGCUGCUCAGCUUCCUGGGAGAGACGAGAGGAACUAAUCCGGUGCCAGCAAAAAGAAGUAGUAGUUUGGGGCCUUUGCUUUUGUUAUCAAAAUGGAGACUACAGAUUCCAAACAUCAGAAGACAGAAAGUAUCAAACAGUCAAGGUCGCCCUUCGACCUGAUCGUGAACCAGAUAUGGAGAAAUAAAUCUUUGACAGAGAGAUGGCCACAGUCAUCAGUAUCCCGUUUUUUCAAAUUGUCUGAUAAUUCUACUAAAACUGACUGCUCUACAGGAAGGGAUGGACUGGAAGAAAUGUCACUGGAUUCUGAAGCCAAUGAAAACAUGUCAACAAUUUCAGAUGUUGAGAAUCGUGCAGCAAGUUGGCAACAAGUUGUUGAAUUCAUGGACAAGCUGGGCAAGAAGCCACACCACAAAUGCUUGAAUCUCAAUAACAGUGGGCUCACCGUGAAUGAGAUUGUCCAGUUGGCUGCUGUACUGCCAAACUUUCCAUCCUUGGAGGAGCUGGACUUGUCAUGGAAUGAAUCGAUUGGUGGAGCUCUGAAUCUGCUAAACAGUCAUUUGCAACAUACACCCAAGCUAAGGGUGCUUGAGCUGUCCAGUUGUGCCCUCUCUGCGUUGGACGUCUCCUCACUGGGUGAAUCCAUCCAGUUCUUGGUUAACAUUGAAAAGAUCGAUUUAUCCUGGAAUUGUGACUUGGGAGGGAACCUCUCACUCUUUACUCAGAAACUCCAGCCAAGCUUUACACUGAAGAUUCUAAAGCUAGUGGAUUGUCAUCUAACAGCUGAAGAUGGAAUUGCCUUGGGGAAAACUUUAUCCGUAAUCACAAAUUUGGAAAUUCUGGACCUUUCCAUGAAUAAACAUGUUGGAUGUGGUUUAGCUGGUUUAUUUCAAGAACUGAGGUGUGUUCCACAUCUCCAAGUGUUAAAGUUAAGCAACUGUGGCUUAACACAAGAGAACAUACAAGACUUGGGUGUUGCACUGAACCAUGUUCCUGCUAUGAGAAAACUGGUAUUAUCACGUAACAGCAUUGCUGGUGGUUUCAAGGAAUCAGCAACACAUUUACUGAACAUCACAGAACUCCAAGUGUUUGAUAUUCAUGAUUGUUCGUUGACUGAAGAUGAUACUUCUGCUUUAACACAGAUAAUUCCCUUACUGAAGAAUCUUCAAAUGUUGAAUUUAGCAAUGAAUAAGAAUAUUGGAGAUGCUGUGAGGAAUUUGAUUGCACGGAUUCGCUUUUUACCAAAGUUCAAAGGUCUUGGUGUCAACAACUGUAAUUUACUCAAAGAAUCGAUUGUGGAAUUGGCUGACACCCUUCCAAAUUUGACGGAACUGGAGACGUUGGACUUGUCUUGGAAUAAGUGCCUUGGUGGAAAUUUGGGAUUGCUGGUCCAGAUGUUGCAAAAUGAGACUCGUCUCCGUGUGGUGAAACUGUGCAGCUGCAAUCUGACAGGCCAGGAUUUAGCAUCUCUCGUGGCCCUCUCGUGUGCUGGAAUUUUAUCAAGCCUCGAAACGCUGCAUUUAACAUAUAACAACACAGUUGAUGACCAAUCUUGGGUGAUGUUCUUCAAAGAAAUUGAUGGUUUGAAGGCACUCUCGGAACUGGAUAUUGGCCUUAUGCCUUUAAGUCAUCGAGAAUGCAGCCCCUGGUUGGCUGUACUAUUGAGCUGUCUGCCUCGGCUCCCCUCACUCUUGGAAUUGGGCAUGCACCACUGGGUCAUCUCUGCUUCACAGUGUGAACUUCUGGACACAUUCAACCACCAACAUCAGCGGAAUAUCCACUUCACCUAUUAGAUUGUCAGCUUUUAUUGAAAUAAAUAUUCAAAAAUCCAAAUCACAGGUAAUAUAAAAGUUAAAGCAAUUCAGUUUCAGACGUGAUUCCGUACCAUUCUCUGCUGUUGUUGUCUCUGAUUCAAUAUAUCCUCAAAUGCAUCCUCAGUGCACUGUGGUAAUGAAGCUGCUGGUGAAUGAAAUGUCAGGGUCACUGUUCAGUUAAAGAAUAACUGUGCAGGAUGCAAAUGGUGGGGUAAAUGAGGUUACUUGUUAUGGCCAUUCUGGAACAAUUUCUAAAGCUGGACUAUGCAGGGUAUCUUAGCUGAUUAUUAUUUCCAUUAAAAUGUAUCUCAAUUA